GCGGCGGUGGCGGGGCUGGCGCCAAGGUCGGGCCUCCGGCGUUGGACGUGGCGCUCGCGUUCCCUCAGGCCACGCCGGCGUCCAUCUUCCCGCCCGCUGUGUCGGACUACUACCAGUUUGAUGAUUUGUUGACUGAUGAAGAAAAGGCACUCAGGAAGAAGGUCCGAGCUAUUAUGGAGAAGGAAAUCGCGCCCAUUAUGACUGAAUAUUGGGAGAAGGCAGAAUUCCCAUUUCAUGCCAUUCCAAAACUUGCAACUCUCGGCCUAGCUGGAGGUAUGACAAAGGGGUAUGGGUGCCCAGGACUAUCUCUUACGGCUAUUGCUAUUUCAACAGCAGAAGUUGCAAGGGUUGAUGCAUGCUGCUCCGCAAUUAUUCUAAUGCAUGCUGCUCUUGUAAUUCCCGCGAUUGACCUUUGUGGAUCAGAGGCUCAAAAGCAGAAGUAUUUACCUUCUCUUGCUCAGUUUAAAACUAUUGGUUGUUGGGCAUUGACAGAACCAGAUUAUGGAAGUGAUGCAAGCUCCAUAAGGACUGCAGCGACCAAGGUACCUGGUGGUUGGCAUUUAGAUGGCCAAAAGCGUUGGAUAGGUAACAGCACUAUUGCAGAUAUGCUCAUCAUUUUAGCUAGGAAUACAGAUACAAACCAACUAAAUGGAUUUAUUGUAAAGAAAGGAGCUCCUGGUCUGAAAGCCACAAAAAUUGAAAACAAAAUUGGACUCAGGAUGGUACAAAAUGGAGAUGUAGUUUUAAAUAAAGUAUUUGUCUCUGAUGAAGACAGAUUACCAGGCAUCAACUCAUUUAGGGACAUAAACAAGGUGUUUGCCAUGUCUCGCGUUAUGGUGGCAUGGCAGCCAAUAGGCAUAUCAAUGGGAGUUUUUGACAUGUGCCAUAGGUAUUUGAAAGAAAGGAAGCAAUUUGGAGCUCCACUGGCAGCUUUUCAGCUCAACCAAGAAAAGCUUGUCCGGAUGCUCGGUGACAUUCAGGCCAUGGUUCUCGUUGGCUGGCGACUGUGCAAGCUCUACGAGUCAGGCAAAAUGACAUCAGGCCAUAGUAGUUUAGGCAAGGCAUGGACAUCCAAGAAGGCCAGGGAGGUAGUUUCUCUUGGCCGAGAGCUGUUGGGUGGCAACGGCAUAUUGGCUGAUUUCCUGGUCGCAAAGGCGUUCUGUGAUUUGGAGCCGAUUUUCACGUACGAGGGCACCUAUGACAUAAACAGCCUGGUGACGGGCAGAGAGAUCACUGGGGUGGCUAGCUUCAAGCCUGCUGUGUUAGCGAAAUCACGCCUCUGAAGAUCUUUUCUCGUUUUCCUUUAGUCGAGUUGUUGUGAUUGAGCAGUGGCUGCAACUGUAAUAGGAUUGUUUGUGUGCUUGAAUGCCUAGCUGCAAAAUUCGGCUGAGUGCCCAGUUGGUGUUGUAAACGUUUUGUGCCUGUUGGAUUGCAAUGCAGUGAGUCUGGACUGUAGUCCCAAGAACUCCAAAGCGUGUGGGAAUAAGAGCAGCUAGAUUCAAGCGUGAGU